AUGGUGGACGAAUCGCUAUAUUUGACCACCCAAGAAGCGGCGCUAGCGGUGGUUGCUACGGCCAUGAAGAAGGCCAGAUUGCUGAUCGAUACCCUAGCUGUCAACUCCAUUGUUGGUGGUAUCUUAUUUUCAUCCGGAGGAAUGUUACAUGUCAUGGUGGAAUCUAAGAGUCCUGAGCUAAUGUCAACGAAUCCUGGUCUAGUUCAGCUCAUGCAGGGCUUUCUAUAUCCCAUAGGAUUAUUCUAUGUGGUGAUUUUGGGAGCUGAUCUCUUCAACUCCAAUAUUCUCUUCUUCUCAGUUGGCUUGGCCCGUGGUGCGGUCUCCAUUGUUGAUCUUAUUAUUUCUUGGAUUGUCAGCUGGUGGCUCAAUUUGGUUGGAAACAUUUUCGUUUGCUACAUCAUAUGUCAUUACUCAGGAAUCACUUCUCAGCCUCUUAUGGUAUCUGGUUCGAUCUCAAUCUUAGAAUCGAAAGCAUCGGCAACAUUUGUGGAAACUUUGAUCAGAGCUAUGGCUGGAAACUUCUUUGUGUGCCUUGCCAUUUACUUGCAAUUAAUGGCAAAGCCAUUGCAUGUAAAGUUUUUGAUGAUGUUGCUUCCCAUUUUCACAUUCGUCAGUAUGGGUUUCACCCACUCAGUGGCCGACAUGUUCAUGAUCAUUGUGGGAUUGAUUAAUGGUGCAAACGUCAGUGUCGCAACUACAGCAUGGAAACUUUUUCUUCCGGGGGCAAUAGGAAACAUCAUAGGAGGUUCAGCGUUUGGUCUAGUCAUACCAUGGUACUUGCACUUGUAUGUUGUGGAGAGAGACCAGAGACAUUUACACUUGCCACGCUACGAAUUGCGUGAUGAACAGCCUGAAUUGAACCAAGAUUCCAGAGUUGUUCGUGUUCGGGUUGAUGACAAGGAAGAGGAUGAACAGGAGCCGCUAUUGACAGAAGAAAAGACUGAUGAAUACGAGAGCUCUAAUUCAAGUGGUCAAAGUCCGGAUGACUUGUUGGUGAGAGCCUUGAGCAGAGUCAGCACCAGAAGCCGUAGGCGGAAGCCCUUGGAGAUGUCUCCUGCAAAUGUUUUCCCUGUUUAUGGUAUGGGUCCAGCAUCUGAGAGAGAGCGGUCUAUUGCAUCUGGACCUAACGAGAAUUUAGACGAUGAUGGAUCGUCUACACUUGACAGAUUGGAAACACGGCCCCUGGCGGAACCUCUUGGGGAGCGGUUAAGACGAAGUCUUACCCGAUCGAGGACCAAAAGAGAUUUGGAGUCGAAUCCCAGGCAACCUUCCCCGCUGAGUUCAAGGCGGUCAAUUUCGAGCAUCACCAUUCCAAAACAACUACGGCGCUUCUCAUUUGGUAAAGCCAACCGGGCUACUUCGCAACGUGAGCUAGCAGAGAUGAAUUCAAGAUAUGCUAAGGCGGGGAUCACUACUAAAGCUGCCAACGCAGCAAGUGAAGCUGCAGGAGUAUCCGAUUACUACGGAUCGGCUAUUGAUUCACUGGCCCAAUCAUUUAUCGACCCCAAUAAUGAGAGCAUAGUGCCAUCUACUAAUGUGUCCUCGAUUAACGUGAAAGCAUACAAACCGGAUGAACCGUCCACACCAUCAGCAUAA